UUUAAGGCUUGCUAAGACGGAAAUAAUAAGUACACAGCUAAAAUCGAGAAGUGACACGAUUAGAUCAUUUCCUUUAUACGGAAGUCAGGUUUAUGAGAGAUAGUUUUCAACGAGGAUGUUAAGUAUAAUACAAAUAUUGUAGUAUUUUUUUAGUGUGAAAUUUGUCUUGGUUUAUCUUUUUAAUAUCUAAAUAUGUCCAAACCAAAGAUCCGGAUUUUAGAUAUUGCAGCGUUUGUGUUGACUGUUUUAGCUACUAUUGUUCAAUUUGCUGGAUUUUUUUUACCCAACUGGUGGAGUUACAAGUCCGAUACUACUGAAGCAAAAUUAGAAUAUGGAAUGUUGUUUUCAACAGAGUGUAGUCCUGCUGGAGAAUGCAAAGAAAACACAGCUGUUGUUAUCGAGGGAGGAAAAGAAUGGCUGUUUCUUACCAGAAUAUUUGAAGCAUUUGGAGUGAUCCUUUGCCUAAUUGCAUUUAUCGUACAUAUAGUAUUUUUACCCACAAGGAAGUACGCAGUACGAGCUGCCUCUAUUUAUACACUAGGGGCUGCAGGUCUUUUUGCUUUAGCCGGAGCCUUCCUGUUUGUAGCUAAGUACAGUGACCUUGGUUCCCAAUUGGCCACUGGUAAAGAAGGAUCGCCUGGUCCAGCCUUUGGAAUAUGUAUAUUAGCCGGAGUUCUCUCCCUUGUAGCGGCAGUUGUUACAGGGGUCGCCACUGUUAAGAAAGGAGACGAUUAUUAUGAUUAAACAAUGUUAAACAUACCUUGAUCUUGACACGAGAUAUUAUCUUAUACAAUUGUUAAUUUCGUAGUGUAUUCUGUUAUAAAAUUUCUAUGAUCUAUAUCAUUUAGGACUAAGAUAAAUAAAAAUGUUACAAAUUC